AUUCCUUCCCUAGUACAAUAGCCUAAUUCCAUACAUCAUCGUCAUCCUCCUCACAAAAGAAAAAUGACUGCUAGGAAAGUUCAUUUGGUUUUAUCACUAAGUCUUCUCUUGGUUGUAGCGUGCAAUGCAGAUGGUAAAUUGAAGAACUUCUACAAGAAGAGUUGCCCUCAAGCUGAGAAGCUUGUGAGGGACAUCACUUGGAGCAAGGCCCAAUCUGACCCUACUCUGGGUGCUAAGCUUCUCAGGAUGCACUAUCACGAUUGCUUUGUUCAGGGAUGCGAUGGAUCUAUACUGCUGGACCCUGUGGGGACAACCCAAUCUGAGAAGAACGCAGUACCAAAUCUCGCCCUGGCUGGUUUUGAUGUUAUCGAUGACAUCAAGACACAAGUUGAGCAAGCUUGCCCUAACAUCGUCUCUUGCGCUGACGUUCUUUCUCUAGCCGCUCGUGAUGCUGUUUCUUUCCCUUUUAACAAGUCGAUGUGGAAUGUGUUGACGGGAAGAAGAGACGGCAACGUUUCAUUAGCGUCCAAUGUCGCUGGGAAGCUUCCAUCUCCUUUCGCAAACUUUAGUACUCUCGCACAAAGUUUCUCUGAGACAGGCCUUAAUGUGAACGAUCUUGUCGUUCUCUCUGGUGCGCAUACCAUUGGAGUUGCUCAUUGCGGCAUAAUUUCCAAUAGGCUCUACAACUUCACCGGGAAAGGAGAUGCCGAUCCCUCUCUGAACGCUGCCUACGCUGCAUCCCUCCGGACCCAGUGCCCUAACCCGGCCAACCCGGCUAAGACGGUGGACAUGGAUCCACAAAGCUCCCUCUCCUUCGAUAGCCAUUACUUCGAUAUUCUCACGGAAAACAAGGGAUUGUUCCAAUCUGACGCUGCGCUCUUGACAAACCGAGGCGCAGCCAAGGUGGUCCAGCGCCUUCGGUCGCCAACCAAGUUCUUUGCCGAGUUUGGCAAAUCAAUGAAGAAAAUGGGGGACAUCGAGGUACUGACGGGAACUGCCGGAGAGAUUAGAAAACAAUGUCGUGUGGUGAAUCAAUCGUAAGGGACGCGAUCGUUUGGUGUGUCGUGGGUCAUAGUUUCGACCGUUGCUCUUUAACAUAAGUAUUUGUGGUUUAGUAAUUUGACAAUGUGGUGAUGUGUUCUUUGCAAGUCUUAAAUAAACUGUAAUAGCUCUUCGUUUGAUUUUCCAA